AGUGAGACGUAACGGACUUUGUACACUAUCUAGUGUAGUUUGUUACGGGAGUGGAUUGUGACACAGCCAGCGGUUUGCCCCCGUGUGUGAGCGAUAGAGAGAAAGAGAGAGAGAAGGAGAGAAAGAGAGAGAGAGUCUGGAGUGGAUGGAGGUCUGUGUUAGUAAAUAAACAGUAGAAACACACUAAGGGAAUAAUCCCCAGUCCCGCCGUCAUGUUGCACCCGGAGUCGGAGCCGAGGCUGUACCGGCUCUCCCGCGUGCUCUGCGGUGUUUGUACUCAUCUGCUCUGCUCCGCUUUCACCGUGUUUGUGGCGGUACUCGCGGUACCAGGCUCCAGGUUGAUGUGUACCUGGCCAAACACUCACCUUAUUACAGGUUUGUUUUCCUGGCACCCAUUUCUGAUGACCCUGGCGUUCUCGUUCUUCAUGACCGAGGCGAUCCUGCUCUUCUCGCCGCACUCGUCGCCGGUGGCUAAAUUAAAGCACCAGGUGAAAUCGCGCCUGCACUGGGUCCUGCAGAGCUGCUGCGUGUCCUGCGCCGUGCUCGGACUCGGAGCCAUCUUCUACAACAAGCACGUGAACGCUAAGCCGCAUUUCUCCACGUGGCACGGGCUGGUGGGCGUGGUCACUGUGUGCGCGGUGGUGCUGCAGUCGGUGGCGGCGCUGCCUCUCAUCUACCACAGACUGGCCAAAGGUUGGUCUCUGGCCAAGCUGAAGCGCUACCAUGCCGCCGCAGGACUCGUCACGUACCUGCUGGGCAGCAGCAGCCUGCUGCUGGGCUCCUGCUCCGUCUGGUUCACGUCCAGCGUCGGGGGACACGCAUGGUACCUCGCGCUCUGCCCCGCCAUCUCCGCCUUCACCAUCAUGAGCCAAGUGACCAACGCCUACAUGGCCAAGAAACGCCUGCAGUCCUGAAUUUGCCAUUAAUCAGAAUCAUCAGUAACUCCAACUCAUUCACGCAUGGACACCGGAACUGUGUAUCUCGACUGGAACUCUGGAAGAACCACCGUUUUAUGGUGUGUUUGGGUCAGAAAGGCAGAGGAAGAGAAUCAGCACGUUCCUGAACAUUGUGCUGAACCUGCAGUGGAUUUAAAUCAUGGACAAGCUGAAGCCAUAUUCAGAGCAGGAAUUCGUUGUAGAUCAGAUGGGAACAAACACAAAGCAGAUACAGGAGGAGAAACAGGAGUGGGCGGGGCUUACCUCACACACCCAAGUGCGUUUCCUUCCCUUCUGGCCGAGCUAAAUGAAUAUAAGAAACAUAAAACUUGAACCAAAACUACGGUGGCUGAGAAGUGCAAAACGCUGUUCCAGCUGUUUCUAGUCCACUCAGUAGGUUAGAAUUCUCCAAAAUAGACCCAUGAGUGAUUUAAGAUGGGUCUCGCUGAACCACCACCGACCUUUGGCUGACCUUCAGGGAACACCACAGAUCUCAGGGCCUUUUCUUGGCAAAGAAACAAAGGGAUUAAAAAGAAUUCACUAUAAAGAUGUAACGUGUGAUGAUUAGACUCAACACCAUUCCUCUGUACAGUGUUUCUCUCUUGUGAUGAGCGGGGGGGGGGGAUAGGGGGUUUAGGGGGUGAAAUAAAAAAUAAACUUUUCAUCUACAACAAGAAAUGCUGAAUUUAUUUUCUGUUAAAACAACAUGAAAUAAAUACAAUGUCAUUUUAAUCUCUUCCUCUGUGUGUGAGCUGAUGAGUGUCUGUUCGUACUGCGUGUGUGUGUGUGUGUGUGUGUGAGAGAGAGAGAGAGAG